UCAGCAAAUCUUAUUUGAAAUGAGAAUAUUGUUAUAACCGCCUAAAAAGGUUUAAAAAAUUGCAAGCUACAAUAAAUCUACAAUGAAUUUCGGUGGCACAUUAAGAGUUAACAAAUUCGCAUGUUUCACAUUAGUUUUUAUAUUAUUCCUUAUAAUUUAUUGGCGUUCUGGAGGUGCUGGUUAUCCUACUGACAAAAACGACUUAAUAAAUAUAAAAUCACUUUUAAAAGCGGCUAUACAUGCCGCCGAGCGAGGUGGAAAGAAAGUUAUUGAGGGUAAAAACCAUGAAUUGAAUAUAAAAAGUAAAGGCAAGACGUUGGAGGGAGCAAACGACCCGGUUACCGAUGCUGAUUACGCAUCGCAUUGUGCUAUGUACUAUGGUCUUAAAAACACAUUUCCAAAGUUAAACGUAAUAUCCGAGGAGCACUCUAAAGACGAUUCGAGUUGUCAAAAUCAAGAUGUAAUUGAUAUCGAAGCAACUCCCACAGAUCACAGAACAAUAGAUUACAUGAAUGACGAACAUGUAUACGUUAAGGAUGUUACGGUUUGGAUUGAUCCUCUGGACGCGACACAAGAAUAUACAGAGGGUUUAUAUCAAUAUGUUACAACAAUGGUAUGUGUGGCAAUCAAUGGUGUACCGAUUGUAGGUGUCAUACAUUACCCUUUCCCAACACGCACAUACUGGGGUUGGUAUACUAAGAAGACAUCCAGCAACAUUCCAAACAUACAACAUAAAGACGAAAAUAAAGAAAAACCCAGGGUUGUAAUAUCUAGGUCUCAUCCAGGUACAGUUGCUAAUAUUGCCAAAGAAUCGUUUGGACUUAAAACAGUUGUAACACAAGCUGCAGGAGCAGGUGACAAAGUGAUGGGAGUCGUAAAUGGUAACUUUGAUGUUUAUCUCCAUGCAACUGCUAUCAAAAAGUGGGAUUUAUGUGCGGGUAAUGCCAUAAUUAAGGCUGUUGAUGGUAAAAUGACCACAAUCAAAGGUGCAGAGAUUGACUACUCUCCUGACAGUGGUGUUAAAGUAACUGAUGGUAUCUUAGUAACGAGAUAUGAUCAUGAUUAUUACUUGAGUAAGUUACCGAAAUCUUUGACUGGUCAAACGUAAAUGGUUAAUUAGUUAUUAGAAUAAAUAAUCGAAUUUAGCAUAUUGCAUAGCAGAUACUGUGUAAGAUUUGUAAUGGAUGUAACUGGUUUUCAUUUAUAUUUUUAAAGUAGCAUUUUUAUUGCUUUUCAGAUAAAAUGAAUAUUUAUUUAUUUGACAAAAAAAAAAUAUUUUAAUAAACAGCAGCUUUAUUUAAUAAUUAUAGGUUAAUGUUCAUCUAAGGCUGUUGACUAUUUUUGGACAACACAAUACACAUGUCAGCUAUUCAAAACCCUGUAUUUUAAAUCAGAUCUGUUUUUUUUUUUAAAUCUUUGUUUGUGUUCUAAGAACUAAAAUUAUUUUUCGUCUUUUUUUAUUUAUAACAUUAAAUCUUUUAUGUUUUGUGCAAUUUUGGCUGUACAGUAGAACCUCGAUUAUCCGAACUAUUUGGGACCGAGCCUAGUUCGGAUAAUCGGAAUGUAGGUACUUGGUACAAGAUCAAACAAAAACAACACCUUUUCACAUAAAAUCUGUAGUCUAUUAAAAUUUGACAUACAUAUUAAAAUAUUUAA